AUGGAUUCUGCAGCGAAAAAAACACAUAAACACGAUGAAGGAGCUAUCACCCGCUGCAUGGAGUUGGUCCUCUCUAAGAAAAAGUCACUGUACGCAGCAUGCAAAGCUUAUGGCAUCCCUCAGUCUACCGUUCGUUACCGACUUAGUGGCAAGUGGACCAGAAAAGCCCGGAAACGGCCACCUACUGUUCUAACAGGAGACGAAGAACAGAAACUCGUGCAAUAUUUGAAAACGAUGGAGAAGAAAGGAUUUCCGGUAGUUAAGGAAUUACUUCUGCAUAAAGUGAAGACAUUCUUCGGAACGAAUUCUCGACCCAAUCCGUUCACGAACAAUGUCCCAGGUCGAAAAUGGCUGGAAGGAUUCCUUCGCCGGCAUCGUGAAAUCACUUUCCGCACGCCAGAAACUGUGUCUUCCGCAAGUUCUAAAGAAAAAGAGGCAGACAUUCGCGGAUGGUUCACGAACGUAACAUCAUAUCUCGAGGAAAUCAACCUUAUGUCAGCCGCAUCGGAUGCAAGCCGCAUACACAACGGCGAUGAAACGUCAUUCUACCUACACCCACAAACGAAAGCCGUGCUAGCUAGCCGUGGCACUAAGAAUGUGUAUGAAUGCGAGCAUGCAGACGGGCACAAAAACAACAGUAAUGUUUACCUUCGGAGCAGACGGAUCAGUUGUACCUCCAGGAGUUGUUCUUCCUAUGCAGCGCCUAUCUGUGGAAGUAUUGCAGAAGUUCCCCGGAGAGUGGGUAUUGGCAAAAGUGCAAAGGGGUGGAUGGAUACUGCCAACUUUAUGCUAUACAUCAGGAACGUUUUCUACCCUCAUCUUCAAAGGAAAAAAGUGCAGUUCCCAGUGCUGUAUUUCGUGGAUGGUCACUCUUCACACACGACUGCGGAGGUGGCCGAUCUGUGCUUGGAUUUGGGUAUUGUGCUGAUUGCUUUAUAUCCAAACAAUACGAGAAUAACUCAGCCAGCAGACGUCGCCAUUUUUAAACCAUUGAAAAGUGCCUGGAAGACUGCCGUAUCGGGGUGGUGGCUGGAAAAUGGAGGUGAAAAUCUAUUGCUGUAA